AUGGCUACCAUGGGGAAACUCGCGGCCGCCGCCGCUCUCCUGGUUCUUCUCGCCGUUGCAUUAAUUGUGCCGGCGUCGGCCAGCACGCUCACCGUCUUCCCCGGGCCGGGAUGCAGCGGUCGGAGCAAGGACAUCACCGGCUGCGGCUGUUUCGACCUCACCGGCUACCAGGGCGGCUUCCACUUCGUGUACACGGAGGAACAGGAGGCCGUCCUGUACGCGGACCGCCACUGUAAGAACAGCUAUGGCACAAGAUUUCUAGACGAGGAGACCCGUUACUGCCGCCGGUUCCCUUUUAGGAGCGUGGAGAUGGUGUGCUAA